GUCACAGCAACCAUUCCUGGGUGCAAUUUUUUUUUUUCCUUUUUUUUUUUUUUUUUUUUAAAUCCCUUUCCCCCCCCCCAACCCCCCUCCCCACUUUGCUUUUUUUGUGAAUGAAAAAAGGAGGUCGUGAGCGGUCCCGGGGACUGCGGCGCUCGGCGUCUUAAGGCUGCGCGCGUGCGGCGGCCUCACCCGGCGCCUCGCUCUCUAGCGCGCCGCCCGCAACCUCCGCAGCGCAGCCGGGCGGCGGCGCGGCCCAGCGGCCGGAGGUCGGAGCGGCGGCGCGCAGCCCGGCUCCGCGAGCCUCCAUGACAUUGGGCGCCCGGGGCGCGCGGAGAUGCUGAUCCGGAAGAGGCAGUGGCUGCAGUGCAGCGCCCCAGGCUGCUCACGUGCCGCAGUCCGACCAGGGCUCCUGUGCCAGAGUUUCUUCUGAUCGUACCUGAACCGGGACCCCAGGAGUCUGGGUCUCCAGCACAGAGCAGCAGCGUCGGCGGCUCCCCAACUUGCACGCGCAGAGUGACCCCAGACAUCUCACUAAAAUGAACGUGCUUAGCAGGAAGAGAUGUGUUCCCUACACUAGAAAUUACCCCGUCACAUGUAGUGGUGUCCCAAUUAAUGGAUUCUGACAUGGAUUAUGAAAGGCCAAACGUAGAGACCAUCAAGUGCGUGGUGGUGGGGGACAACGCCGUGGGCAAGACUAGGCUCAUCUGUGCCCGGGCCUGCAAUGCCACCCUCACCCAGUACCAGUUGCUUGCCACCCAUGUGCCCACAGUGUGGGCCAUUGACCAGUAUCGUGUGUGCCAGGAGGUGCUAGAACGCUCCCGAGAUGUGGUAGAUGACGUCAGUGUCUCCUUGCGCCUCUGGGACACCUUCGGAGACCACCACAAAGACCGACGUUUUGCUUAUGGAAGAUCCGACGUGGUGGUUCUGUGUUUCUCCAUUGCCAACCCCAAUUCCCUCCACCAUGUCAAGACCAUGUGGUACCCAGAAAUCAAGCAUUUCUGCCCCAGAGCUCCUGUCAUUCUGGUGGGCUGCCAGCUGGACCUGCGCUAUGCUGACCUGGAAGCCGUUAACAGGGCCAGGAGACCUCUGGCUAGACCCAUCAAGCCCAAUGAAAUCCUUCCCCCAGAGAAGGGUCGGGAAGUGGCCAAAGAGCUGGGGAUCCCUUACUACGAGACCAGCGUGGUGGCCCAGUUUGGUAUCAAGGACGUCUUUGACAAUGCCAUUCGGGCUGCACUCAUCUCCCGCCGCCACCUGCAGUUCUGGAAAUCACAUCUGCGCAAUGUGCAGCGACCUCUACUGCAGGCACCCUUCCUCCCCCCCAAGCCACCACCCCCCAUCAUCGUGGUGCCCGAUCCCCCCUCCAGCAGCGAGGAGUGCCCCGCCCACCUCCUGGAAGACCCGCUCUGUGCGGAUGUCAUCCUGGUGCUGCAGGAGCGCGUGCGCAUCUUUGCCCACAAAAUCUACCUCUCCACCUCCUCCUCCAAAUUCUAUGACUUAUUCCUCAUGGACCUGAGUGAGGGGGAGCUGGGGGGCCCCUCAGGAUCAGGGGGGCCCCGCCCAGAGGACCACCGGAGCCACCCUGAGCAACACCAUCAUCAUCACCAUCACCACCAUGGGCGGGACUUCUUGCUUCGGGCAGCCAGCUUUGAUGUAUGUGAGAGUGUGGACGAGGCUGGCAGCUCUGGUCCUGCUGGCCUAAGGGCUUCAACCAGUGACGGGAUCUUACGGGGUAAUGGAACAGGGUACCUGCCAGGCAGAGGACGUGUGCUGUCUUCCUGGAGCCGAGCUUUUGUGAGUAUCCAGGAAGAGAUGGCAGAGGAUCCUCUGACCUUCAAAUCCCGGCUGAUGGUGGUAGUGAAGAUGGAUAACUCCAUUCAGCCGGGGCCCUUCCGGGCUGUUCUCAAGUACCUGUACACAGGGGAGCUAGGUGAGAAUGAACGGGACCUCAUGCACAUCGCUCACAUUGCUGAGCUGCUAGAGGUCUUUGAUCUACGGAUGAUGGUGGCCAACAUUCUCAACAACGAGGCCUUCAUGAAUCAGGAGAUCACCAAGGCCUUCCAUGUACGCCGGACCAACCGGGUUAAGGAGUGUUUGGCAAAGGGCACCUUUUCAGAUGUGACCUUCAUCCUGGAUGAUGGGACCAUCAGCGCCCAUAAGCCUCUGCUGAUUUCCAGCUGUGACUGGAUGGCUGCCAUGUUUGGGGGGCCAUUUGUGGAGAGUUCUACCAGGGAGGUGGUGUUUCCAUACACAAGCAAGAGCUGCAUGAGAGCUGUGCUGGAGUACCUCUACACAGGCAUGUUCACCUCCAGCCCAGACCUGGAUGAUAUGAAGCUCAUUGUCUUGGCUAACCGCCUCUGCCUGCCACACUUGGUUGCCCUCACAGAGCAGUACACAGUGACCGGACUGAUGGAGGCGACCCAGAUGAUGGUGGACAUCGAUGGGGAUGUCCUUGUAUUCCUGGAAUUGGCACAGUUCCACUGCGCGUACCAGUUGGCUGACUGGUGUCUUCACCAUAUCUGCACCAACUACAACAACGUGUGCCGCAAGUUCCCCCGAGACAUGAAGGCUAUGUCUCCAGAAAAUCAGGAGUACUUCGAGAAGCACCGGUGGCCGCCAGUCUGGUACCUGAAAGAAGAGGACCACUAUCAGCGUGCGCGGAAGGAGCGAGAGAAAGAGGACUAUUUACACCUGCGGAGGCAGCCCAAGCGGCGGUGGCUGUUUUGGAACAGUCCCUCCUCCCCGUCCUCCUCAGCAGCAGGCUCAGCGUCCCCCUCCUCCUCCUCCUCGGCUGUGGUCUGAGAUGCUGCCACCAUCUUCUGAUCCUGCUGCUGUUGUCCUCAUUAGCCCUUGUCCUUCUGCUCUUCUGUAUCACCCCCUCUACCUGGCAGGUGAUGAGGGAAUUCACCUAACCAGAACCCUAAGGGCAGAGCCGUUCUCACCAGCCAAUUGUGGCUCAGGCUAAGAGGAGCCUGGCCCUGCAGAUCAGAACAGGGUCCACCUACAAUUCCAGGCAGGGCAGGAAAACAUCUGCCCCACAGUGGGGGAGCUCAGAGUUCUGCUAUUUUCUCUCUGGACUUGACAAUAGAGCCAAUGAGGAAAGCUUCCCCUGUACCCGGGCUUGUCUGUAUUGGUGUCUGCUUUGGCCAGAGGCAGCUUCCUCUCCAGGAGCUGGUCACGUUUUGUUUUGUUUUUUUCCCCAUCCACAGACUUUUGAGGGUUGCAAGUAUUUUGUGAGCAUGGUCCCAUAGGCUUACUGAAAUCUUAGAGAAGUUAAGGUAGAAAAGAAGUCUUCAGAGCCCACAUCAAGUCUCCUGGGUGGUAAGGUGUGGCUGCUGGGGCGGAGAAGAAUAAACUGCAGCCUGCCAGCUUCCUUUCCGGACUGACUGCAGGCAGUGCAGACUGAGUGGUGGGGAGCAGCUUUGAUUCGGUGUUCAGGUUUGUCGGCAGCACCUCAGUACCAUGUGGGGUUUCUACUUCACCCUUCCUGCACUCAUUACAUCUGACAUGGAUGAAGGAGGAGGAGGAGGAAGAAGGGUGGGGUCUAUGCUCAGCAGUUUAAUGUUCCUCUGGGGUUUCUUCCCCUCCCUCUGGGUAGCACUGCCUUUUAUGAGGUGGGAGCAAAAACCGCCUAACAGGAGAAACCCAAACUCAAAAAGCACCGCCAAGACCACGCGGUAUCCUUUGUCUCCCCAGAAGAAUGAAGUUCUAAAACGAGAGACCCUGUAGGGUAUACAUCUUCACAAGGCUGACUGGAGGCCUCUAUUAUUACGUGGCUAUGAAGGGUCAGUAGUACCAAGUGCUCCAAUGCCUUUCAGGGGAGGACCUGUACCCUCCGUAUCUGAGGAUGCCACUCCCCGAGGCUUGCUGGGUCUAGGCUACGGGGUUGCACGGGGAGGCUUGGGCGUCGGGGCUCAGAUGGCUUUGUGUCUUUUCCAGCUUGAUGCAGGAUGCCUUUCUCUUCCAAAGGUGACUCCACGGGAUGUAUGUGGGGCAUGUGCUUCCUUGGGGGGCAGGAGGCUUUCGGCAGGGAUUAAAUGUCAGAAAAGGGUGCACUGGAGAGCAGGCCACACAUAGUCAACCUGGUACUGGCUGGGGAUAGAGGGAAGGAGAAAAUGGGGGAGCUGAGCAGGAAGGAAAUGAUGAUAGUCUAAAGAGGAAUUGGGGUGACUGGGGGAUUGACCCAGUGGCCGGAAGCCCCCAUGGGAUUGACCCUGGGUCUCAGUUGACCCUUCCCGUUCCCUAAUUAUGAUCCACAUAUCACCACUUUGACCCUCUCUCUAGACUUAGGAGGUGAAGUGCCAUGAGGGAGUAGGUCAUGAGAGUUCUGGGGUCCCCUCCCCUGAGAAAAUGCUUUAGAUAAGGAAAUACUGGCCGAGUCCCCAGGACCUAGAUAGGUUGCUUACGCUGGGAUUAAAGCAACCCCAAAACAAAUGCAACCCUACAACUGUGUGGUACCAGGACCUAGAGUUCUGAUCUGGCCUCGUCAGAAGGAACAGGCAGAAGCAGGUGUCACAGUGCUGAUUUUCUGUAGUCUUGAGCCUGGGCCCGCCAAGCCUGCUGCUGCCUAGUGAUUAAGCGUUCCAGAAUUGCUGGCUGGGGAGGUGUGUUGUGUGCUGCCCUCUACUGGCUGGUGUGGAGAAGCCUGCACUCAUGGAAAAGGCAGGCAGCACCUCACACCUUCCUUGGACGACACAGGGGGUAUCUCUUGGGAACUGUAAAUGAUAGGUAGAUGACUGUCCAAAUGAGCAAGGGGAAUUGGGUCUGCCCAAGUGAUUUACAGGGCCAAGCAGCCUGGGCAUCACUGGUGAUGAGGAUGGACAGGCCAGUGGGAGAAGGAUCUGUGGAGGUGGAGGAAGACCAAGGAGAACGCCAUGCCCCACCCACCCAGGCCAGUUCACCCCUCAGGGACCCACCCCCCACCCCACAGCUGUCUGAGCCAGUGUGCAGCAGGUGGACCCCUGUGGCCUUGUAUAACCACGGUGGGGGUGGGGGCUGUGAGCGAGCGGGGAGAGGGAGGUGCCUUGUAGUACAUGGGUGGCCUGGAUUCCAGGGAGACGAGCAGGAGAAACUCCAGUGUGGGACAAGUCUGACACAACGCCCCCAGGGGUGGGGCAGUGUCCCAAGAACAUGCUCCUCUGGACCAUGUCACUCAGUGUUGUCUCAGAGGACGGGGGUAAAGACACAAACAAACUGACAACCCCCCCAACACCUUUUUAUAUAAGGUUUCAUAUUUAAUUUGGUCAUGAAUUCAUAAUACAUGAGUAUUUUGUAUCUAA